AUGGCAGACAUACUGCUUCGGGAAGAGGACCUCAAGUUCGCCUCUACCAUGGUCCACACCCUGAACACCAUCCUGCUGACAUCCUCUGAGCUCUUCCAGCUGAGGAACCAACUGAAGGACCUGAGGACCCCGGUAACAUCCUUAACGGCCCCAUCCAGCGGGGAUCUGGAGGUCACCGUGGAUUUCCUCACCGAGGUGGACAAGCUGGUGCAGCUCAUCGAGUGUCCCAUCUUCACGUAUCUCCGCCUGCAGCUGCUGGACGUGAAGAACAACCCCUACCUGAUCAAGGCUCUCUAUGGGCUGCUGAUGCUGCUGCCCCAGAGCAGCGCCUUCCAGCUCCUCUCCCACCGCCUCCAGUGCGUGCCCAACCCCGAGCUCAUGCAGACCGCGGACAGCACCAAACCCAGCACUGGCUUCAAGAGAGUGACAUCCUCCAACAUCGACUACACGGAGCUGCUACAACACUUUGAGAAGGUCCAAAACAAGCACUUGGAAGCGCGGCAUCAACGAGCUGGGCGAGCGGAGCAGCUGGAUCGGCGAGUGGUUCUCUGA